UUGGCAGGGAAUUCUGGGAAGCUACUUAUGCAUAGACUCGGCACCAUUACUCAGUGGUGGAGCCAACUUUCAACUAAAUAUGUCGAAAAGAAAGACACGAGCUUUACUCAUCGAUUCAGAUAGCGAUGAUAGUGAUAGUGGAGAAGAUGUAGAUGAAGGCUUUCGUGCGCUGGCCAAAAGGAAACGUCCCAGUUCCGAGUCCCAGGCAGACCCACCAGCAGCUGCAGCAGUUGAAGAUUCCGACUCCGACACAAGCUCUGGAAGUGAUGGAGAUUGGACUGUCAAUGGAACAAGUCCACGGAAAAAGAAGAGCAAAGCAACUCCUAAGAAGAAAGCCAAGCGUUCUUCCACAAUAACCUCUUCAGGCAGCGAGGAUGACAGCGAAAAGAGUGGAUCUGAGCCAGAAGAAGGGGAGGUGUCGGAUUCCGGCAGUGGGUCAGCCUCAGGGUCAGCCUCAGAAUCAGAAGAGGAGAAGUUCUUUGAUGGUUAUGAUGAGAACUUGAUUGGGGAUGAGGAAGACAAGAAGAAACUUGAACAAAUGACAGAAAAGGAAAGAGAACAAGAACUGUUUAACAGAAUGGAAAGGAGAGCUGUGUUGAAGACAAGGUUUGAAAUUGAGCAAAAGCUUAGAAAAGCGAAGAAAGAACAGAAACACAAAUUGAAGUUGUCAUCAGACACAGCGGCACCCACCAGAUCAGUGAGUGAGCGAAGUAAGGAGAGAAGGAAGAACAUGGAGGAUAGCCGCAAGGACAACAAGAAAAUGUCAGCUCUCCAAGAUCUGAAGGCGAGGAGGGAGGAGAAGAGAAACAAAGAGGAAAUAAAGAUACAACAGCAGAAGAAGCUACUGAAGGCGAGUGACAUCUACAGUGAUGAUGAAGAUGAUGACGAUGAGGAUGACAAGAGGAUGGAGGAGAAAGAAAAGCAGGAGAGUCGGGCUGAUUCAGACUCAGAAUCAAGUUCUUCACGGUCUUCCGGGACAGUCGGAUUCAGAAGAUGAAGAGUGAAAAUCACAUCUCGUCUCUCAGUGAAAGAAGAUCUGAACAAGGUCAAGUUAUCAAGACAUAAACUUGAAAGGUGGUGUCAUAUGCCUUUCUUCAAGAGGACUGUCACAGGUUGUUUUGUGCGAAUAGGCAUUGGAAACCACGAGGGAAGGGCGGUAUAUCGGGUAGCUGAAAUUAUUGAUGUUGUUGAAACUGCCAAGGUAUAUCAACUUGGCUCCACAAGAACAAAUAAAGGUCUCAAAUUAAGGCAUGGCAAUGCAGAGCGUGUGUACCGUCUAGAGUUUGUCUCCAAUCAAGACUUCACCGAAUCCGAGUUCUUCAAGUGGAAGGAGGCGGUGAUGCUGGGAGGCUUGGAGCUGCCCACUGUGGAGGAGAUCAACAGGAAGUCGGAGGACAUCAAGCAGGCUCUCAACUACAAAUUGAAGGAGAACGACAUCGAAGAGAUUGUUGCUGAGAAACAGAGAUUCAGGAAGAACCCACACAAUUACGCGGUGAAGAAAACCCACCUACUUAAACAGAAGGAGACAGCUGAGCUAGAGAAUGACCAGGACAGGUUGUACAAGGUCCAACACGAGCUGGAGGAGUUGGAGGAGAGAGCGGUGGAGCUGGAUCGCCGUCGCUCCAGUAACAUCAACUCCAUCAGUUACAUUAAUCAGAGAAACAGGACAAGGAAUAUUGUCGAGUCAGAGAAAGCUGCCAAGGCUGAGGUAGAAGCUUCCAAGAAUGCAAUUGCUGACCCAUUUACACGAAGACAUUCACGUCCAACACUUGUAACAAAGAGAGACACAGCUUCCGAUGCUAAGUUAGCUUUCAUGUUGGCAGAUGAAAGGAAGAGGAAGGAAGCUGAGGCAGCUGGUAUUGCUGAUAUGUUGGAAGGAAAAACCAGGUUACCUGGGCAACCAACCGGUCUAAAGGAUUCAUCAAGGGAAGGGGUUUCUGACAAAAAAUCCUCAGAUGAUCUGUUUGCUGUUCAUGACUUUGAUAUCAAAAUAGAACUGGAUGUGCCAACAAGUGCACCCUCUGUUGUUGUUUACAACCGACUAUCGAACCAGGUCAGAGAUGGUGCCCCCCGACGCUCCCUCAACCUCGAAGACUACAAGAAACGUAAAGGACUUAUUUAAUAUAUCAAUUUGUUGUCGUAUGUUUUAGUGUGUACAUGAAGUAUUCUUUGUAAUGUAAAUAGAAUGAAAAAUGAAUAAAUGUACAAUGUCAAAUGUAA